UUUUUAGUGUACGUUGUUGUUCUAAUAAGGAAAUCUAGAUAGUUUAUUGAUAUUUUUAUGACAACGACCCUAAUUUCUUAAUCCCCAGAUUUAGGGAAUUUAGUUUUAUUUUGACAGCUGUCAUUACUAAGAAAGUGCGCGCUUUUAGUAUAAUAAAAUUCGAACACAAAGUGUUUCGUACAUUUAUCGUUUAACAAUCAGUUUUCAUAAUGAGUGACGAUGAUGAAUUGUUGAAUCAAGUGAUGGAGGAAGUUAAUGACAAUCCGGACGAUUUACUGGACACUUUAUUAUCAGUGGCCACUGAAGAAUCAAAAACUACCAAAAAUACUCUCAAAGAAACGAACCUUUUUGAGAAAGAAACAAAUUUAAAUGUACCUAAAGUGACUGGGAGCCUUAUACACGCAGGAGACACCGAUUCCUCUGAUGAUGAGGAUAAUCGUAACUAUGAGGAACAAAAGUAUAAUCAAUCAGGCAGGUCCCUUAAAAAACUUCUGGACGAAAACACCAGUUCUAGUUCUACAAGUAGCCCUACAUCCUAUUUUAGAAAACCAGAAUUUAAAAGCAAUUCGUUAUCGACUAGCUGGAAAACACCUAAGAAUACUUUGGUAGCCCCUAGUACUGCAACUAAACAAAUUGAAAGUAAACCUAGCCAAAAUGUGCAAGGAAAGGUAGAUGUACAUACAGAUCCUAUUUUUGGAUUAAGAAUCGUCAAUCCUCUGGUGUCAUCACAAGUUUUGCGGGAACGAAUGGUGGGCAGAGAGGCAGUUCCAUUUGCAAGAUUAUCUUUGUUCAUCCAAAGACAAUUUAAAGAUAAAGAUUGGGUAAUUGCUGGUGUAAUUGCCAAUAAAAGUGCCGCAAAGACAUCUCAAAAAGGCAGCCAAUUUUGCAUAUGGACCCUGACUGAUUUAAAAACGGAAAUUAAAACAGUCUCAUUGUUCUUGUUCAGUGGAGCUUACAAGAAUUUGUGGAAGACAUCUGUUGGUACAAUUGUGGGAGUUUUAAAUCCAAAUGUAAUGGACAAAAAAGAGGGAUCUAAAGAUGAGGCUACUCUAAGUGUGGACAAUGCACAGAAGGUGAUGAUUUUGGGACAGUCAAAAGAUUUGGGAACAUGCAGAAGUACAAGAAAGAAUGGUGAACAAUGCACUGCAAUUGUGAAUCUCAGCAUUUGUGAAUAUUGCAUGUAUCAUAUCAAGCAAGAGUACCAGAAGUGCAGCAAACGCUCAGAAUUACAAUCUAAUUUCCAAGGAAAGGGUUUGACGGCUUUGCGAAACAAAGUGCUGGGCAAAAACGAGGUGUUUUACGCCGGAAAAUCGUUUACGGCAGUUCCUGCAAAACGUAGUAGAAAAUUGGAAAAGAAGGAUGAAUCCAGGAUGCAGAGCUUAAGCAAAGGUUAUAUGAAUAGUCCUACUGUAACUGGACCUAGGAAGAAAGUGGUGGCUAAUAAUCAGUUGGAAGUUUCACUGGCACAAAGAACAAGGGACAUGGAGUUACUUAAAAAACUUUCUGAAGAUUCCAAGUUGGAUAGUAAAACGGAAUUUAGUGGGGAAAGAUCUUCUGAUCUGACACUUGAGGAAUCUAAAUCCACAGCUACUAGUAUUAUUUCUAAACUAAAAGCCAAAAAUAAAGAGUUACAGCCUCCUCAGUUAACUAGUAAAUAUGACAUGAAAAGUGACCUUAUUGUUAAUGUAGAUGGGAAAAGCAAUUUUAAAGGCAAACUAUCUAGUGAAGUAAGCCUGGAGAGCUCAAAAGCUACUGCUCAAAAUGUUAUUAGUAAACUAAAGGGUAAAACUCAAGACAAAAAGGUGCCAACAGACUGUGGGAAUGAAAAAGAGAAUGUGGUCACAGAUAUUUUUGGUGAAGAUGACUUUGACUUUGAUUAUGAUGAUGACGAUCUGGUGAGCCAAAACAAAAAACACAAAUCCAUAAGUUCUGAUGAUAAACAAAAUAAAAUUAAAGUCACAAAUACCACAGAUAUAACUAAAUCAUCAGUUCCACCAAACAUAACACAAACAAAAUUGAAGGAUAAUGCUAAUCAGAAAGAAUCCACCCAAACUACUCAAAAACCAAUACCAAAUAAAACCCCAACUACUACUACUACUCCAAAACUCACAACCAACCGAAGUUUCCUUUCAGAUCCCGUAACAUCGGACAAACCGAAACUUUCGGGCUGGGGAAGUGGUUCCAUCGACUUAAACCAACCCAUUUCUUUUAGGCAAAUGAACAAGGCGAAGCAGAAUGCGCUUAAGUACAUCCAGCAACAUGGACCUAUUAAAAAAAUUGAUCCCAACAACACCAAAGGUACUGGCCUAAAAAGAAAACUGGAAGAAGUAGCUCCCAGUGUCACUAAACCGCUGAACGAUGCGACUACCAUCGAAUCUGCACCAAAGAAGGUUCGCAUAGAGGAAAAUGCCUUCAUAUCGGACCGUUUCAAGAAAAUGAUGGCUAUGACGUCCAAACACACCGACCUCUUGGAACAAAAAGAUAAUGAAGAACAAGAGAAAUACUUCAACAAAUUAGAGCUUAAGGAAAAAAUGGAAGAGAAGAUGGCGAACACAUUCAAGAUUGCCUGCAAAGCUGUUACAUGCACCGUGUGCAAAUAUACAAGCUUCUCCGCCGCAGAAUUGUGUAAAACGGAACGCCAUAAGUUGAAAGUGACAGACGCAAUGAAGAGGUUCUUUAAGUGUGGAAACUGCGAGAAGAGAACGGCCAGCUUAGAAAUUUACCCCACUAAACUGUGUGAUAAUUGCGGAAGCGGCAAAUGGCUGAAAACUGGCAUGAUAAAAGAAAAAAUAGUUACCGUAUCUAACAAAUUGUCAGUAUUAGGGGGAGAACAGAAAUUUGUUAAUUCGGCGAUGAACGACUCCAAUAUCGAUUUGCUAGUUCCUGAUGACUGAUGUUUUUUUUUAUAUAGUAUUUUGUUAUUUGUUGAAUUAUUUUUUAUUUACUGUAUCUUCUAUUUAGUUUAUGAAUAAAAUACAAACUAUUAAA